AUGGCGGCGCCCCUAACGGACCAGGAGAAGCGUAAACAGAUCAGUAUCAGAGGAAUAAUCGGUGUCGAGAAUCUCGCUGACGCUGAGUUGAAGAAAGGUUUUCACCGACACCUCCACUUCACUUUGGUCAAGGACAGGAACGGAGCGACGCCGCGGGAUUAUUACUUCGCCCUCGCGCACACGGUUCGAGAUCACCUGGUGGGAAGAUGGAUCAGAACCCAACAGUUUUACUAUGAGACCGACCCCAAGAUUGUAUUCAUAAUGAAGGAGAUGGCAUGGACAGGCAACCUGGUCUCAGAGCAUUUCGUAUUAUUCUGCAUCAAGAAGAACCCAAAAGCACCUUUUGUUCCCCGGACUGUGAUCAUUGGUGGUAAGGCUGCUCCAGGAUAUCACAUGGCCAAGAUGAUCAUCAAGCUGAUCACGGCCGUCGGAGAAGUGGUCAACAAAGACCCUGUGGUGGGCAAUCUUCUCCAAGUCAUUAAGGUUUCGAGCCUGACGGUCUCUCUGGCUGAGAAAGUAAUCCCAGCCACCGACCUGUCCGAGCAGAUCUCCACAGCUGGCACGGAGGCGUCAGGCACUGGAAACAUGAAGUUCAUGCUGAACGGAGCGCUUACCAUCGGCACCAUGGACGGAGCAGAGAUGGCCGAGGAGGCUGGAGAGGAGAACACGUUCAUCUUCGGCGUGAGGUUGGAGGACGUGGCAGAGAUGGACGUAGAGGGCUACGAUGCCAUGACACAUUACAAGAAGAUCCCGGAACGGAAGCAGGCCACUGACCAGAUUCAUUGAGGAUUCUUCAGCCCCAAACAACCGGAGCUCUUCAAAGACGUCACCAACGUGGUCUUCAACCACGACCGCUUCAAGGUGUUUGCAGACUAUGAGGAUUACAUAAAGAGCCAGGAGAAAGUCAGCCAACUAUAUCAGAAUUCGAAGGAGUGGACGCAGACGGUGAUCAAGAAUAUCGCUGCGUCCGGAAAGUUCUCUAGCGACCGUAUCAUCACAGACUACGCCACGGAGGUAGCCUACCCAUCUGGAUCCCGCCCCCCCCCCAACGAGCCCCACAAGGCCCUGGAGGAGACCGGGGCUCGUUGGGGGGGCGUGUGCCUGGGUAACGUCACCCAGAAGCGCCUGGUGUUCUUUUAA